AUGGCAGCAACGGGUGACCGGCGCAACAACGGCCCUAGGCAGCGCGCCGCGCGCCGCAGCUGCAGCAUCGAGCCUGACGUCGCGGCGCCGCCCGCGCGGCACACCGGCAGCCUGUUUGGCGCGGUAGCCCUGAUCACCGGCUCCACCGUGGGGGCGGGCAUGCUGGCGCUGCCAGCUGUCAGCGCGCCGGCCGGCAUCAUGCCCACCAGCCUGAGCCUGACCGCCAUCUGGGGCCUGCUCACUCUGGAUGCCCUGCUCAUAGCUGAAGUCAACCUAGCGGCCCGUGCAGCCCGCGACGCCAGCCGUGCCGACGGCGGCGGCGGCGAAGGCGGCGGCGAGGGAGGGCGGGGCGGCGCGCCGGCCGCCGGCAGCGGCAUCAUCACCCUGCGCCAGAUGGCAGAGUUUUCGCUGGGCAAGGCGGGCAAGAGCUGUACCGUCAUCUACCUCCUCCUGGCCUACAGCCUGCUCACCGCCUACUGCACCAAGGCCGCGGAAGUGGUGGACUACUUUGCCGGCGGCGGCCUGCCCCCGCUGGCCUCCUCCGCCGCCUUUGUGGGCGCCGUGGGCGGCAUGCUGUACCUGGGCGGCACCCGCGCCGUCGACUCGCUGUGCCAGGGCCUCACCUCUGUGCUGCUGCUGCUGUUUGGCGUGAUCCUGACGGCGGGCGCUUCGCAGGCAGGCCUGCCCGCCUCCCUGGCCGCCGGCGCCGCCGACUGGGGCGCGCUGGAGCCGGCUGUGCCCAUCAUGUUCCUGGCCCUGGUCUAUCACGACCUGGUGCCGGUGAUUGUGGACUACCUGGGGGGAGACAGGAGGAGCAUUCGGUCUGCCAUCGUGCUGGGCAGCCUGGUUCCGCUGGCCAUGUUUGUGUCGUGGGAGGCGGUGGCACUCUCUCUGCUGCCCGCGGGGCUGGCCGACUCGGCCGCUGGCGGCGGCGCCCCCGGCGGCGGCGGUGCAGCAGCAGCAGCAGCAGCCGCCUUCGGUGGCGGCGGUGCGGCCGCGGGUGCGGCCGGUGGCGCCGCCAGUGCAGCUGCGGCGGCGGUGGCGCUGGAUCCGCUGGACGUGUUUGUGCGCCGCUCCUCGCCGCUCAUCCGCUCGGUGUCUGCGGCGGCCAGCCUGAGCUGCAGUGUGGUGCCGGGGUAG